AUGGCAGCUCACUAUCGGGACGAUCUCCUGCACGGAAAAGAGCACAUCGACACCCACGCAUCCUCGAAUCCAUGGCGCCACCAAGAAUCCACCGCAUUUUCCAAUCAUGCAAACAUCGGAGCUCGAGGAGUAGAGGGCAGAAAUGAAAAAGAGGAUUUGGCUGGUUUUCUUAACAAAUCGCGAGUUCAAGGCAAAGGUUCACCCAGUCCGCAUCGACCAAUUGUACUAGCUGGGAAUGCGCAGUCCGAGGAACUUGAAGCUGCGAGGAGGGAACAAGAGGAAUUGGAGCAUAGGGAUGCCGUGAAUGGGGUACAGAGGACUGGCGCGGGGGCAACGGUUAAGUGUGGUCCGUUGCUUAAUUAUAGACGGAUGGAAAAUGAUGUUUGGUUUGGGAGUGUGUUGAUUGUGGUUGAUUCGCAUACGGUCAGGGAAGAUGCAGUACCGGAGUUGAGAUUACGAGUCCAAGAGAGGAGACAGGCUGCACAAAAUGGUAAUGGGGCGGGUAUUGCCACUGGGAGUGAACAAUUGAAUGGUCAUGAUCAAGCGCCGGGGAUUAUUAACGGGGUAGAUUAUUCCGAGAACGUACACCUAGCACAAGCAUCAAAUGGCAAUAUUCUACAACAAAAUGGAGUGUCUAAUACUUCUAGCGAUUUGGAAGAAAUCAAAGUUAGAGGAGUCAAGCUUUAUGCAGAUGUUGCGAAUACUUUUUGGAGAUUUCAUAUCCAAGUUCCAAUGCUACAAGAAGAACUUCGAUGCGAAUACACAAUUCCCGGUCUCACAUUUGCUGAAGGAGGAAAGACGGAUAGACAAACCUUUUUCGUACCAGCGGUUACCGAGAGUAUGAGAAUAAUGUUUCAUUCUUGUAAUGGAUUUAGCGUAGGAACAGAUGAGGGAGCUUAUAGUGGUGCUUGUCUUUGGAGAGAUGUCGCACGAAAACAUGAGGAAGCUCCUUUCCAUGUGAUGCUUGGUGGUGGAGACCAGAUUUAUAAUGAUGGAAUUAGAGUCAAUGGUCCUCUGAGACCUUGGACUGAUAUUGGCAAUCCUAUCAAGAGAAGGGAGUAUCCUUUUCCCGAACAGUUGAGGAGAGACUGUGAUGAUUAUUAUGUCAAGAAUUAUAUUCGCUGGUAUUCCACAGAACCUUUUGCUGCGAUGAAUGGCAAGAUCCCUCAAGUCAAUCUUUGGGAUGAUCAUGACAUCAUUGAUGGCUUUGGUUCAUACGUUGAUGAAUUUAUGCGUUGUCCCGUUUUCCGCGGUAUUGGUGGUGUUGCUCAUAAAUACUAUUUACUCUUUCAGCAUCAUCUUGCACCUCCGGCAUCUACAUUCACGACUGAUGCACCUCAGACCAUGUCCACGAAUGGAGGUGGAAUUGAUCCACGUCAAAUAGAAAAUACAUAUGUAUUGGAAAAUGACGUUCCUGAUCCAAGUUAUAUUAUUGGUGAUAGCCCCGGUCCAUAUGUAGCAGAGCGCUCCCGUAGUAUCUAUGCAAGAUUAGGCGCAAGAGUUGCUUUCUUUGGUAUUGAUGCUAGAACGGAACGUACACGUCAUCAAGUCAACUAUCCAGAAACAUACAAGAAAAUUUUCGAUCGUCUUCGAGAAGAACUUACAGCCGCAAAAGAUUCUCCAAAUCCUAUUCAGCAUCUUAUUAUUUUACUCGGAAUCCCUAUCGCAUACCCACGUUUGACAUGGCUAGAGAAUAUUUUUUCAAGCCCCUUAAUGGGCCCACUCAAAUUUAUGAAUAAGCGAUUUGGAUUUGGUGGAAGUUUCUUCAAUCAUUUCGAUGGCAGUGUAGAUCUUCUUGAUGAUCUCGAUGAUCAUUAUACAGCACAUACCCACAAAAAAGAACGUCACUACAUUAUCAAACAACUUCAAUCCCUCGCAUCCGAAUUCUCAGUCCGUAUCACCAUUCUUGGUGGCGACGUACAUCUCGCUGCCGUUGGACGUUUCUACUCAAAUCCUCACUUGAACAUACCAGUUUCAACAGAUUACAAGUAUAUGGCGAAUAUCAUUUCUUCAGCCAUUGUUAAUAAGCCUCCUCCGCAAGCGGUCGCAAAUCUUUUAGCGAAGAGAAAUAAAAUUCAUCAUUUAGAUAAAGAGACUGAUGAGACACUGUUGAGCUUCUUUGAUAGAGAUCCGGGAGAUGAGAAGAAGAGUAGUAAGAGUAAUACUGUCACGAUGCCAAGUCGAAAUUGGGCAGUUCUUACAGAAAAUUCACCUUCCUCGGCAUCUUCCAUUCCGGCCCAGAAUGGAAAUGCUGAAACGCCAGUUGAUUCCUCCUCAGGACCCUACGAUCUCCCCGCCUCGGAAACACCAAAAGAUGGACACUCCCCCCUCCACAAGGGCGAACAGGGCGCAGGAAGCGCAUACAAAGCAGCGGAUCCGCAAUAUCACGGCAAGAGCGGAGAUGGAAGUCUAGACGUGGUGGUCCGAGUCGAGAUUGAUCAGCAUGAUGCAGAGGGCAAGACGCGGGCGUAUGGCAUGAGCGUACCGGUUUUGAGAUAUACGGGCGUGCCGUUGGUGGUGGACGAGGGGAGGAGGAGUUGGGCGGGGGGAAGGAGAAGUUUGAGGGAGAGGAAGAGUAGGACUUCUGUGGCGGGGAGGGGGGGGAGCGCAGGGAGAGAGGAUGUUUAG